CUUGAACGAUCGCGACACCAUUAGCUGCGUACAGCUUUGUCGACACGUAUACGACGAUGCAACAAUAAUACCAAGAGCAAGGAAACUGCAGCAGGCAGGAGAUCAGGCAUCGCCCUUGAAGAGACGCCCGCGCUGUGCCGAUGGCCGAACUUGCGAUCAUGGAAAAAGGACAGCCUGAUCAGGCAGGAGGGUCAGGAUCGGGGUUUGGACAUGCUGUGGUAGUUGUCGCUGGUGUUGCGGCGCUCGUGGCCUGUCUGGAGACCUUCGUUUCGAUCUGGCUGCAGGCAAAGAACUAUCGUAAACCUCUUCUCCAACGACAUGUGAUCCGGAUUCUGGUUCUGGUACCCAUCUUUUCCGCCGCUUCAUGGGCCUCGUUAACCUCACUGCGGGUCGCCUUCUGGAUAGAGCCUUUCCGCGAUGUCUACGAAGCUUUCACAAUCUACACCUUCUUCCAGCUUUUGGUCAAUUUUCUGGGCGGCGAACGCAGUCUGAUAAUCAUGAUGCACGGUCGACCUCCGGUCUCGCACCCUUGGCCAAUGAACCUCAUGUUCAACAAGGUGGAUAUCAGUGAUCCUCACUCGUUCUUGUGGAUCAAGAGAGGAAUCCUCCAAUACGCCUGGCUCAAGCCACUACUCUGUAUCGCGACAGUUGCGUGUAAAGCCACCGGCACCUUUCGCGAGGGAGUCAUAGCAGUGAACUCUGGCUAUCUCUGGACCAGUCUCAUCUACAACAUCAGCAUCUGCUGGUCGCUGUAUGAACUGGCAUUGUUUUGGGUAUGCAUGUCGGCAGAUCUUCAACCUUUCCGACCGAUGCCCAAGUUCCUGUGCAUCAAAGGCAUCAUCUUCGCGUCUUGGUGGCAGGGAUUCUUCCUCUCCAUCCUAGUAUGGUUGGGUGCCAUCCCGAGUGUCGGAAAUGGCUAUACCGCGGACAACUUGGCGGCUGCAAUUCAGGAUGCACUGAUUUGCUUUGAAGUCCCGCUGUUCGCCGCAGCGCAAUGGUAUGCUUUCAGCUGGAAGGACUACUCGGAUCAAACCAUCAGCGAUGCCCGUAUGCCCAUUCGUUUCGCCCUUCGCGACGCUUUCGGACCACGGGAUCUCAUCGAGGACUGCAAGGAGACCUUCAGCGGCAGGCAGUACGAGUACCGAUAUUUCGACGCCGACGACAACGUCAUGGCACACGAGCAAUCCGCAAGUAGAGAAGCUCGGAUGAGAGAAGGCAUGCGAUAUGAGAGGAACGGACGUGGCAAGUAUUGGGUUCCAUCACCCACCGAAGCUCGUCAGCCUCUGCUGCGCAAAGUCCUUCCUCAUAGCCACGCUCGAACGAUGAGUCCAGGCGGAGGCCGUGGGCAUCAUUCUCGAUCAACGAGCCGUGGAAAGGGCUAUGGAGCUACUGAUGUCGAGGAACCCGAGCAGGACGAAGAAGAAGAGAGGCUGUACGUCAACGCACGUGCUCUCGAAUUUGGCGAUUGGAACUACCCUGUGAUUAAUACCCACUACGCCACUCGCGAGGACCGUCUGCGCGUGGACCCAACCAUAAUAUCUCAAUCAACAAAUACAGCAGUCCUCCAGCCUGGGAAGGAGAACAAGCAAAGGCGAAAGUCCAGAAUCCAAGAUAUGCGCAAGCACGCUCAUCAGCAUGGAAAGCCACAGGAGUCUGACAGCAUGCCAGGAGCUGGCAAAUUGGUGCGCGAGAAUUCAUCCGCAGCAGCCUCGACGAAAUCGCACAGCUCGCAAUUGGUCGAUCUGGUCAUUGAAGACCAUCAAGCAGAAGAGAUCGAACGUGUUCGCGCAAGGAAGGAAGGAGGGCCAGGCUGGAAUGGCGUUGAACAGAAGCACUUCGUCAAGGUCUACUCAGGACAACAACGGGAUGAGAUGCAGGAUGGGGAGGAGGAAGAAGAAGUCCGAGUUGGCUUCAAUCCGGACGAGCCAGAAAGGGUUCUGAACGAUGAAGGGCAUACUCUAACAGACCCGUUCUCUGUUGGCGAUGAUGGCGACGAUGCUCUCACCCCAAUCCAGGACCGGGAGCAGAAGGAUCAGCUGGGUCAACAGCAGCCUUGGGAAGAGAGACAGUACAAAGGCAAUGGCAAGGGAAGAGCCACGGACACUACAAGUCCUAUGUUUGAAGAAGAAAGAAAUGCUUGGGGCGGCGGCGACGAUAGCCGUUGA